UAGUAGACAACACCUUGUCUUUUAGGUCGGCCUUCUUUGAGGAGUAUGAGACCAACCUUAGGUCGUGGCCCUCCCUUCUCGAGGGUAUAGUUUCCCCAGGACUUAGACAAUACGUAGAUGAGUCUAGUCUUGAGGUAGAGCCUGACCCGGAACCUCCCCUAAUCCAAGAAGUGGUUGACUUAGACUCUCCUUCCCCUAUAGCAGUUUCGAGGCCGUAGGUCAUGGAAAUAGACUCCUCCUCUAGCUCGGAGGGUCGGAUUUUUGUUACUUUGUAUGUAUUUUCUUGGUAAAUUGAUGAACGUAUAUGCAUACUUAGCGCAUUUCCAAUUCUUUUUCAGGUGAGGAGAUGGCACAGCGAGGGGAACCUGACAUCCGCUCUAUGUUCCAGGAAGGGAGAUCUAGUGAGGGUCCCCUUGUCAAGAAAAUUCAGCCCACUUCAAAGAAAACACCCCCCUCGGCCGUGACUGCUUCCAAAUCCCUAGCUAAGGGGAAAGGCUCGGGAUCUCUGCACGCCGCAACCCCGAAGAAGAGGGGUCCGGCUGCACCUCCUCCUCGCUUUCCCCCGACUCCUGCUCGGGACCAGGUAGCAUCAGUUGGUCCUGCAGCUCCAGUAGUCCCUGUCGCCACUGUUCACAUCCCCGUCAACGCCCAGGAUCCGAAGCAAAUUCCAUACACUUUUCAGGGGACCAUCUACGAGACGGUGAACUACGCGGUGGAGCAUUUCUAUAAGGCCAAGCCCAACGACCUGAGGGCGAUCGAGGAGAGGAGCUCGGAGAACGUCAUGGAAUCUGCCCUAGGGAUGAACCUCACAGCGGUCUUGGCUCAACAUCGCAACAUAUCUCGGGCCAGGGCCAGGAAUGAUGAACUCAAGGUCGAGCUCCAGACUGCUCAGGCCGCCCUGACUGCAGCCCAAGCUGCUCUCGCCGCCUCUCAAUAGAGCAAACAAAGUGCCAAGGCUGCUUUGGUGGCGGCCCAAGCGGGUGAAUAGGCGGCAAAGGCUGCCUUAACCACGACUCAAGAAGGCGAUCAGGCGGCAAAGGCUGCCUCGGCAGCCCUUUAGGCCGAGCUUGAGGGAGCCAAGGCCAAACAACUGAAGUUCGAGGUGGCUAUUCAGGAGGGGAAGAAGGCAUCGAAAUCCUCCAUGGAGAGCAUGCUGUAACACUGCUGGGCCUUCAAUCAGGACGACAACUUCUCCUUCAUGGCCUUCGAAGUGUGGGGGCACUACCUCGAGAAGUUCAAGGCUCGGCUACAACAAGAGCUGCAGUCUGAGACCGGGGAGGCCUCUGUCGCUGGCGAGCAGGAGAUCGAGGAGGUGACGUCCUCAGAGCGGCCUGGAGGGUCUUAGAUUUUAUUUGCCCUUUUUUAUGUUGUAUAUUUUUCUUUUGUGAACGUUAAGCACGAGGUUACUCUCCUCGAGACAAUUUCUAUAUAUUAUUUUCAGUUAUCUAAGUUUUAUUUAUUCCUUGAUCUCUUUCUCAUGCCUUAUGAUGUGCACGUUUAAAGCCUUAGGAAAUGACCCUUAG